CCGCAGCUGCAGCCAUGACGUGCCUCCUGCUCGCCCUGGGCAUGGCCCUCCUGUGUGGCACGCGGGCCGCUGACGUCCCCCAGACCAUGGGGAGCCUGGACCUAACAAAGGUGGCCGGGACCUGGCACUCCAUGGCCAUGGCGGCCAGCGACAUCUCCCUCCUGGACUCUGCCAGCAGCCCCCUGAGAAUGUACAUUCAGGAGCUGAGACCCACCCCCGAGGACAACCUGGAGAUCGUCACGAGCCAACGGGAGGAUGACCACUGUGCUGAGAGGAAAAUCUUGGCGGAAAAAAACGGGGUCGCUGCUGAGUUCAAGAUCAACUACAUGGAAGAGAACCAGCUGACCGUGCUCGACACCGACUACACCCGCUACCUGUUCCUCUGCAUGGAGAACACCGCCGCCCCCCAGCGGAGCCUGGCCUGCCAGUACCUGGCCAGGACCCUGAAGGUCGACGAUGAGGUCAUGGAGAAGUUCAACAGAGCUGUCAGGCCCCUGUCCAUGCACACCCAGUUCUUCUUCAACCCGACCCAGGCGGAAGAGCAGUGCCGCGUCUAGGGCCCGGGAGCCUUGGCCCUCUGCAGAGAGACGACGUCACCCCCUGCCUCCCCGUCAGAACAAUCAGGAGGGACUGAGGCCAAGGUGGCUGCAGGACGUGGCUCCGCCUGGGGGCCAGGCACCUCCAGGCCCCAGCCUGGGGUCUCCUGCUCUGAGCGGUUCCUCCUUCAGCAAUAAAGAAGUGAC